AUGGACGUGGACGUGGACGUGGACGUGGACGUGGACAUGGACGUGGACGUGGACGUGGACGUGGACGUGGACAUAGACGUGGACGUGGACGUGGACGUGGACCUGGUCGUGGACGUGGACGUGGACAUGGACGUGGACGUGGACGUGGACGUGGAGGACUUGAACGUGGACUGGACGUGGACGUGGAAUGGACGUCGACGUGGACAUGGACGUGGACAUGGACGUGGACGUGGACAUGGACGUGGACGUGGACGUGGACGUGGACGAGGACAUGGACAUGGACGUGGACGUGGAUGGGACGUGGACGUGGACGUGGACGUGGACAUGGACGUGGACGUGGUCGUGGACGUGGACGUGGACGUGGUCGUGGACGUGGACGUGGACAUGGACGUGGACGUGGACGUGGACGUGGACGUGGAGGACUUGGACGUGGACGUAGACGUGGACGUGGACGUGGAGGACUUGGACGUGGACGUGGACGUGGAUGUGGACGUAGACGUGGAGGACUUGGACGUGGAGGUGGACGUGGACGUCGACAUGGACGUGGGUGGAGGUGGACGUGGACGUGGACAUGGUCGUGGACGUGGACGUGGACGUGGACAUGGACGUGGACAUGGACGUGGACAUGGACGUGGACGUGGACGUGGACGUGGAUAUGGACGUGGACGUGGACGUGUACGUGGACGUGGACGUGGACGUGGACGUGGACGUAGACGUGGAGGACUUGGACGUGGACAUGGACGUGGACGUGGACGUGGACGUGGACGUGGAGGUGGACGUGGACAUGGACGUGGACAUGGACGUGGACGUGGACGUGGACGUGGACAUGGACGUGGACGUGGACGUGGACAUGGACGUCGACGUGGUCGUGGACAUGGACGUGGACGUGGACGUGGACUCGACCUGGACGUGGACGUGGACGUGGACGUGGACAUGGACGUGGACGUCGACGUGGACGUGGACAUGGACGUGAACGUGGACGUGGACGUGGACGUGGACGUGGACGUGAACGUGGACGUGGACGUGGACGUUGACGUGGACGUGGACAUGGACGUGGACGUGGACGUGAACGUGGACGUGGACGUGGACGUGGACGUGGACGUGGACGUGGACAUGGACGUGGACGUGGACGUUGACAUGGACGUGGACGUGGACGUGGACGUGGACCUGGAUAUGGAUAUGGACCUGGAUAUAGACGUGGACAUGGACGUGGAGGUGGACUUGGACGUGGACCUGGAUAUGGAUAUGGACCUGGAUAUAGACGUGGACGUGGACGUGGACGUGGACGUGGACGUGGACAUGGACGUGGACGUGGAGAUGGACGUGGACGUGGACGUGGACGUGGACGUGGACGUGGACGUGGACAUGGACGUGGACAUGGACGUGGACGUGGACAUUUUCGUGGACGUGGACGUUGACGUGGACGUGGAGGUGGUCGUGGACGUGGACGUGGACGUGGACGUGGACGUGGUCGUGGACGUGUACGUGGACGUGGACGUGGAGAUGGACGUGGACGUGGACGUGGACGUGGACAUUGUCGUGGACCUGGACGUGGAUGUGGACGAGGACGUGGACAUGGACGUGGACGUGGUCGUGGACGUGGACGAAGUGGUCGUGGACGUGGACGUGGACGUGGACGUGGACGUGGACAUGGACGUGGAUGGGACGUGGACGGACGUGGACAUUGUCGUGGACGUGGACAUUGUCGUGGACGUGGACGUGGACGUGGACGUGGUCGUGGACGUGGACGUGGACGUAGACAUGGACGUGGACAUGGACAUGGACACGUGGACGUGGACGUGGACGUGGACAUGGACGUGGACGUGGACGUGGACAUGGACGUGGACGUGGACGUGGACAUGGACGUCGACGUGGUCGUGGACAUGGACGUGGACGUGGACGUGGACGUGGACGUGGAGGACUUGGACGUGGACAUGGACAUGGACGUGGACGUGGACGUGGACGUUGACGUGGACAUGGACGUGGACGGACAUGGACGUGGACGUGGACGUGGACAGGGAAGUGGACCUGGACGUGGACGUGGACGUGGACGUGGACAUGGACGUGGACGUGGACGUGGACGUGGACGUGGACAUGGACGUGAACGUGGACGUGGACGUGGACGUGGACGUGAACGUGGACGUGGACGUGGACGUGGACGUGGACGUGGACAUGGACGUGGACGUGGACGUGAACGUGGACGUGGACGUGGACGUGGACGUGGACGUGGACGUGGACGUUGACAUGGACGUGGACGUGGACAUGGACGUGGACGUGGACGUUGACAUGGACGUGGACGUGGACGUGGACGUGGACCUGGAUAUGGAUAUGGACCUGGAUAUAGACGUGGACGUGGACGUGGAUGUGGACUUGGACGUGGACCUGGAUAUGGAUAUGGACCUGGAUAUAGACGUGGACGUGGACGUGGACGUGGACGUGGACGUGGACAUGGACGUGGAUGUGGAGAUGGACGUGGACGUGGACGUGGACGUGGACGUGGACAUGGACGUGGACGUGGACGUGGACGUGGACAUUUUCGUGGACGUGGACGUUGACGUGGACGUGGAGGUGGUCGUGGACGUGGACGUGGACGUGGACGUGGACGUGGUCGUGGACGUGGACGUGGACGUGGACGUGGACGUGGACAUGGACGUGGACGUGGACGUGGACGUGGACGUGGACGUGGACAUUGUCGUGGACCUGGACGUGGAUGUGGACGAGGACGUGGACGUGGACGUGGUCGUGGACGUGGACGAAGUGGUCGUGGACGUGGACGUGGACGUGGACGUGGACAUGGACGUGGACGUGGACGUGGACGUGGACAUGGACGUGGACGUGGACCCGGACGUUGACGUGGACAUGGACGUGGACAUGGACGUGGACGUGGACAUGGACGUGGACAUUGUCGUGGACGUGGACAUUGUCGUGGACGUGGACGUGGACGUGGACGUGGUCGUGGACUUGGACGUGGACAUAGACAUGGACGUGGACAUGGACAUGGACGUGGACGUGGACGUGGACGUGGACGUGGACGUGGAGGACAUGGACGUGGACAUGGACGUGGACGUAGACGUGGACGUGGACGUGGACGUGGACAUGGACGUGGACGUGGACGUGGACGUGGACGUGGACGUGGACAUGGACAUGGACGUGGACAUGGACGUGGACGUGGACGUGGACGUGGACAUGGACGUGGACGUGGACGUGGACGUGGACAUGGACGUGGACAUGGACGUAGACCUGGACGUGGACGUGGACGUGGACGUGGAUGUGGACGUGUACGUGGAUAUGGACGUGGACGUGGACAUGGACGUGGACGCGGAGGACUUGGACGUGGACAUGGACGUGGACGUGGACGUGGACGUGGAGGUGGACGUGGACAUGGACGUGGACCUGGACGUGGACGUGGACGUGGACAUGGACGUGGACGUGGAUGUGGACGUGGACAUGGACGUCGACGUGGUCGUGGACAUGGACGUGGACGUGGACGUGGACGUGGACCUGGACGUGGACGUGGAGGACUUGGACGUGGACAUGGACAUGGAUGUGGACGUGGACGUGGACGUGGACGUGGACAUGGACGUGGACGUGGACGUGGACGUGGACGUGGACAUGGACGUGGACGUGGACGUGGAUAGGGAAGUGGACGUGGACGUGGACGUGGACAUGGACGUGGACAUGGAGGUGGACGUGGACGUGGACGUGGACGUGGACGUGGACGUGGACGUGUACGUGGACGUGGACGUGGACGUGGACGUGGACGUGGACGUGGACGUGGACGUGGAGGACUUGGACGUGGACGUGGACGUGGACGUGGACGUGGACGUAGACGUGGAGGACUUGGACGUGGAGGUGGACGUGGACGUGGACGUGGACGUGGACGUGGAGGUGGACGUGGACGUGGACGUGGACGUGGACGUGGACGUGGACGUGGUCGUGGACGUGGACGUGGACGUGGACGUGGACGUGGUCGUGGACGUGGACGUGGACGUGGUCGUGGACGUGGACGUGGACGUGGACGUGGAGGACUUGAACGUGGUGGACGUGGACGUGGACGUGGACAUGGACGUGGAGGUGGACGUGGACGUGGACAUGGACGUGGACGUGGAGGAGGACGUGGACGUGGACAUGGAGGUGGACGUGGACGUGGACAUCGACGUGGACGUGGACGUGGACAUGGACGUGGACAUGGACGUGGACGUGGACGUGGACGUGGACGUGGACAUGGACGUGGACAUGGACGUGGACGUGGACAUUGUCGUGGACGUGGACGUGGACAUGGACGUGGUCGUGGACGUGGACGUGGACGUGGACGUGGACGUGGACGUGGACAUGGACGUGGACAUGGAUGUGGACAUGGACGUGGACGUGGACGUGGACAUGGACGUGGACGUGGACGUGGACGUGGACGUGGAGAUGGACGACUUGGACGUGGACAUGGACGUGGACGUGGACGUGGACGUAGACGUGGACAUGGACAUGGACGUGGACGUGGACGAAGACAUGGACGUGGACGUGGACAUGGACCUGGACAUGGACGUGGACGUGGACGUGGACAUGGACGUGGACGUGGACGUGGACGUGGACGUGGACAUGGACGUGGACAUGGACGUGGACUUGGACGUGGACGUGGACGUGGACGUGGACGUGGACGUGGACGUGGACGUGGACGUGGACGUGGACGUGGACGUGGACAUGGACGUGAACGUGGACGUGGACGUGGACGUGGACGUGGGCGUGGACGUGGACAUUGUCGUGAACGUGGACGUGGACGUGGACGUGGUCGUGGACGUGGACGUGGACGUGGACUUGGACGUGGACGUGGACGUGGACAUGGACGUGGACGUGGAUGUGGACAUGGACAUCGACGUGGACGUGGAGGACUUGGACGUGGACAUGGACGUGGACGUGGACGUGGACGUGGACAUGAACGUGGACGUGGACGUGGACAUGGAGGUGGACGUGGACGUGGACGCUCUUGGACCACGCAAGCUCUUGGACUAG